CGCUGCGGCUGGUAGCGCUUUGUUCGCGCGUGAGCCUGCGGGGAGCUCGUGCAGGCGUGUAGCGAUACCCCUAAUGUUAAAGAGCGAAAGGCGGCUUACUCUGCCGCUUGCGGUAGGCAGCAUCUUAAACCAGGGUGCCUCUGUGAAACAAGACCGCUGCUGCUGCUUUGGCAGUCGUAACGGUGUAUCUGUUAGUGGCGUACCCUGCGGAGAAUCGGCUGUGUGCACUUCCCGAAAGAGCCAAAAAGAGCGAACAAGAGCUAAAAGAUGAAGAAAUGGAAUUGUUCACAAAAUAUUACAUGGAAUGGAAAGGAGGAAGAAAAAGUGACAAUACAUCAUAUACAAACAUACCACGAUUUUACUACAGGCUGCCAGCUGAAGAUGAAGUCUUGCUUCAGAAAUUAAGAGAAGAAUCUAGAGCAGUUUUUCUGCAAAGAAAAAGCAGAGAGCUGUUGGAUAAUGAAGAGCUGCAGAAUCUGUGGUUUCUACUGGACAAACAUCAGACAUCACCAGUGAUUGGGGAAGAAGCAAUGAUCAACUAUGAGAACUUCUUGAAAGUUGGUGAAAAAGCUGGACCUAAAUGCAAACAGUUCUUCACAGCCAAGAUCUUUGCUAAAUUACUCCAUAAUGAUCCUUAUGGGAGGAUAUCUAUCAUGCAGUUUUUCAAUUAUGUCAUGCGAAAAGUGUGGCUUCAUCAGACAAGAAUAGGUCUCAGUUUAUAUGAUGUGGCGGGACAGGGCUACCUCAGAGAAUCAGAUUUAGAAAACUAUAUUUUGGAACUUAUCCCCACUUUGCCACAACUGGAUGGUUUAGAAAAAUCUUUUUAUUCCUUCUAUGUCUGCACAGCAGUUAGAAAGUUUUUCUUCUUUCUGGAUCCUCUCAGAACAGGGAAGAUAAAGAUACAGGACAUUUUAGCUUGCAGCUUCCUGGAUGACUUGCUGGAGUUAAGGGAUGAAGAACUUUCUAAAGAAAGUCAGGAAACAAAUUGGUUUUCUGCUCCUUCUGCAUUAAGAGUUUAUGGCCAGUACCUAAACCUUGAUAAAGAUCACAAUGGCAUGCUCAGCAAAGAAGAACUGUCCCGGUAUGGAACAGGGACUCUAACCAACAUAUUUUUGGAUCGUGUCUUUCAGGAAUGCUUAACUUAUGAUGGUGAAAUGGACUAUAAAACCUACCUGGACUUUGUGCUUGCAUUAGAAAACAGAAAGGAGCCUGCAGCUCUGCAAUAUAUUUUCAAACUGCUUGAUAUAGAGAACAAAGGAUAUCUGAAUGUCUUUUCCCUUAAUUAUUUCUUUAGGGCUAUUCAGGAACAAAUGAAAAUCCAUGGACAAGAACCAGUUUCUUUUCAAGAUGUCAAGGAUGAAAUCUUUGAUAUGGUGAAGCCUAAGGAUCCUUACAAAAUCUCCCUUCAAGACUUAAUCAAUAGCAGUCAAGGAGACACUGUUACCAGCAUCCUGAUUGAUCUGAAUGGGUUCUGGACGUACGAGAACAGAGAGGUCCUUGUGGCAAGUGAUAAUGACAACACUGCUGAUGUUGAUGAUACAUGACUUUGAACAGGAGCAGACUGUAUCCAUAGAGAUAUCCCAAUCUGAUGCACCAACUCUUGGAAGCUGGAAACGUGAAUUGUCUGAAUCAAUGCCUCUUCCAUUUUACUUCCCCUCCCUUCUCCCCAUGCUCCCCACGCUGGCCAUGUAUAAUACAAAAUGUGGUACAUACAGGAAUCACAGAACUAAUUUCUGAAACAAAAAAAGCAAGUGUUGUUUAAGGGGUAAAAAAUAGCUGCUUUUUUUUUUUUUUUUUUUAAAUAAAUAUUUUUGGACUUUUUCCUGGUGUACCAAGCCCUACUGUUAUUUGAAUACCCUAUUCUGAAUGUGAAUCCACCCAGAAAGUAAGGGUGUGGUUCUUGGUCUCUUCAGCACUGGCCUGUAUCCACGUGGCCAUCCCAAGCCUCCUGCUGCAUUCUGUAUGGCUUCCUCUAACAAUAGCACUGUUGAGCAAUCUUUUCUAGAGGCAGUUUUCAGUAAGAUGUAGAAUUUAGGCCUUCUUCUUCUGUGUGUGUCCAGCUUUUAAGUGUCUAGUAGAAAGAAGUAAAUAACUAUUGACUGAAUAGUUACCUAAUUCUUAAGAGGUUCAUUAGCAGAAAUAAAGCUGCACUAGUUUUAGGUCUAUUUAAAACUAAUCCAAACACCUGUGUAAAGGCUUUCAGCAACUUAACCUCCCGUGCAAGUAUUUUAUGUAAUUUAACUUAAUUGUACAGUUGAGCUACAGCAGUAAUUAAAACAGUAAAAUUCAACUUUCAGAUAAAACUACACUAGCUCCAGGCCAGAGAUGGUUGCAGUCCUGUGUUACUUACUAGUUUGAAGUAAUGCUGAACACAUGUAUGUUAACAAGUAUUACAUGGGAUUGUAAGGAAGGGGUAGCAGUAGUAUAUCUUGAAUUUCAGUGCUUGAAUAUUUCACCAGGCUGUGUGACUCAGUGAAGAUGACAACAGUGAACAGGCACGUGCCGCUCUGUGCAGGUGUAGUUUCAGAGACCAGAGAGUUUUAAAGGAAAAGCCAUAGCCAACUUCCAGUUCAAAAAUUAUAUUAAAUAUAAAAUAACAGAUUAAUGCAUUUACAGAAAAAUUAAACCAUUAUGAAAGUAAUCACUUUCAUACAGUUUGCAAAAAACUGAAGGAAGGAUUAAGUUAAGGCACAGUGAGUUGUACGGUAUUUUAUACAAAGAAGUUUAAACCCAAGGCAGUGAGAGCAUUUCUGAUGCAACAGAUAGUAAGGAGAAGGGAUAAAAAACCAGCGCAAAUGACAUUAAUUUCUUGGCAGAAAAGCAAAGCAUCCUUCAGCUGUAGAGGUUUUAUUCUUGAGCUAUGUGAGGCUUUCUACCAUUGACAGUAUAAGAACUCCCAACAAGCUCUUGUUCUAUGUAUUCCCCAGGUGUAGAAUCAAGUUCUCCCUUGCAGCUGGUCUGGGCUAAGGAAGGAUUUUACACAGCUGUCUUCAAAAAGAGGCAAAGAACAGAGUAUCAAAACAGGUGGAAUAGAGCUGAUGAUUGAAUCCUCCUCAGAAGAUUAUGUAUAGUACUGGAAUGCUAAGGGCAGAUAAGAGGAGAAGGAAUUUGUGCUCUCCAGGACACCAGUUCAGGCAGAGGGCUGGCUGAAAUACAAACUGAACUCUGGAAACUAUUAGCCGAGUUACCUGGCCUCUGAUGUUACAGCUGGCUCUUUAGUUAGUAGGUAGUGGGACCAGGGCCAGGGACACAUGAUGAGAGCCAACACAAAAUUUCACUGAAGAUUUUUUUGUUUUAGAAAUCUCAAAGUCAGAAUUAAUGUAUCACAUGGUAACUAGUGCAGGUUCUCUGCUCCUUUAGCUACAACGAUUUUCUAUAGAAAGUGACUGGGGCACUGACAUCUGGUUGUCACAAAGUAAACCAUUCACCUUUUACAAGCCACAAGUAGAAUGAUACCCGUUGCAGUACAACAGCCUUAAUUGGUAUCUAGGGCUACUUAAAAACUCUGGAGGGAUCUGCAUUUCACUUAAAAAUAAAAACUACUGUUGUUGCAGUAUUGCAACAGUGUGUUUUGUUUAUUUAAGAAAAAUGAAGAAUCCCAAGACUAGUUUUGUUGAUUUCUAGUUAUUUACGUAUUCUGUGUUAGAGGGGGGAAAAAUAUCUGCAGUGGCACAUCCCUUACUGGUAAUUUAACAUUAAACAAAUAAUCUCUUUAGGUUAAUCAAGUAUACUGACUCAGAUAAUCUAUGUCCAAAAAAGUUUUCAUAGUUCUAGAUCAGUACCAUACACAGUGUCCACUGCAUUCAGUAUAAUUUAACAAGACUUUAGUUUAUUUCCCAGGACCAUUCAGAGCACUUAACGUAUUCAGGCAAGUGGGUCUCUUAAUUCUUGGACUGAGAACAUCUUACACUGAUGCUAGUUCUGUACUCUGCUGCAGCACGGAAUGGUGCAGAUGAGCACUAUUAGCCUCCAAGAGUGCUGGUAGUUGGUAAUAAAUUCUUACGGGUGUUUACGACCUCCUUUAAAGUUGGUUUGGGUUUUUUUUUAAUUAAAAAAAACCCCGAAGCCAGUGAACCCCUAAAUCUAAUCGACAUUAAAUCUAAUGUUAUCUCUCGUGUUAAACAACAACAAAAAAAAAUA